AUGGCGGAGAGUCAGAGAACGGCUGCAUCUUACGAUGAGAUUGCGCGAAGGCGCGCGGGCGAUUGGAAGAGCAAGGAGUCUCCUUUUCGAUUCUUUAACAACUAUGUAAAGAAAACUAUUAUUCAAUUUGCACUGGAUCAUUUAAAGUACAAGGAGGGGUGCUCAGAAGUAAAAGUUCUCGACUUGGCCAGUGGACGAGGUGGUGAUGUUGGGAAGUGGCUGCAUUGCCAAAGUCCUGAAUUGAGCUUUGCCACAGCGAAGCUGCCGCGACAACGUUUAACGAAGGCCGUCUUUUUAGAUUGUUAUGAUGUUUCUUCAGAGUGCAUCGCUGAGGCGCGGAAACGCUACGAAGCGCUUGGGUCAGGAGUAGCGUGCAAGUGUGUUUUUACUGUUAGAGACUGUUUUAGCGAGGAAUUUCUCUGCGGUCAGCUGCCAUUGUUGGAAAACUUUGGUAAAUUUAAUGUUGUGUCUAUUCAAUUUGCAUUCCACUACGCAUGCGACACCCGGAGACGUAUCGACAUGUUAAUGGCAGCGAUAGCAGGCGCGUUAGCGUCGAAUGGUGUGUUUAUCGCGACAACGGUUGACGAUGAGGUUCUUGCCGAGCGUGUGCGGGAGAAACGAACAGAAAGUACCGGGUUGUAUGCCCUGCACUUUGAUUCGGAGCCCGUGUGGGAAGGGGAUAGACUUGCAGUAGGCACAAAGUACCUUUUUGAGCUGGAGGGAUUUGUUGACUGCGAAGAAUAUGUCGUUCCGGCCUCGUACGUUCGAGAGCGUGCCAAUUAUUACGGCUUGGAGGAGGUGACCGAAUAUUCCAAAACUUUUCGAUCUUUUUACGAGGAAUAUAAAAAGGACUCAGCCAAAAAUAAGGGAUUUUAUUUGUUUCCCGGCUAUUUGGAGCUUGUCACACUGUACCGCACAUUCUGUUUCCGCAAGAUUAAUUGA